GUCUUGAGCCUUCAAAAACUCUCUCUCUAAAAACCUGCACGAUUCUCUGAUCGCCGGAAAAUAAAACUCCGGCGACUCAAUGCGACGGAGCCCACAAUCCAAGCAGCGAACUGUCUGAGUCAUUCUCACAGUAUUUGCAAUGUCGGUGUACGACGCGGCGUUUGUGAACUCGCAGCUCGCGAAAACGACAUCAAUCUUCGGGCUCCGUCUGUGGGUGGUCAUUGGAAUCCUCGUCGGUGCUCUGAUAGUCCUGACCCUCUUCCUCCUUUCUCUCUGCCUCACCUCCCGCCACCGCUCCCGGGCUCACAAGGCCCAUAAGGCCCAGCCCAAGCCUUCCGCCGCCGAUUCUCCCACUACUCCAGUCAAAUCGAAGGAAAUCCAGGAAAUCGUCAACGACCUCCACGUGGAGAUCGGGAAGCUGGAGCACCGGGUCGUGGUGUAUUCGGACCGGGCGUCGAGCGGGGAGAGCAAGGGGACAUUGAAUAGUGGGUGCGAGACGGCGUCAUUUGGGAGCGGGAACGUGGUGGGGCCGGAGGUGUCGCAUCUGGGUUGGGGGAGAUGGUACACUCUGAGAGAGCUGGAGGCGGCGACGAAUGGGCUGUGUGAGGAGAAUGUGAUUGGGGAAGGAGGGUAUGGGAUUGUUUACAGUGGGAUUCUCAGUGACGGGACUAAAGUCGCUGUCAAGAACUUGUUGAAUAACAGGGGUCAAGCUGAGAAGGAAUUUAAAGUGGAGGUGGAAGCCAUUGGGCGUGUGAGACACAAAAAUCUUGUAAGGUUGCUUGGAUACUGUGUUGAGGGUGCAUACAGGAUGCUUGUGUAUGAGUACGUUGACAAUGGCAAUCUGGAUCAGUGGCUUCAUGGGGAUGUUGGUGAAGUCAGCCCUCUAACGUGGGAUAUCCGUAUGAAUAUUAUACUGGGAACAGCAAAAGGGUUGGCCUAUCUUCAUGAGGGUCUUGAACCAAAGGUGGUUCACCGUGAUGUGAAAUCUAGCAACAUACUAAUUGAUCGCCAGUGGAACCCCAAAGUAUCUGAUUUCGGUCUUGCUAAGCUCCUGUGCUCUGAGAACAGUUAUGUGACAACUCGAGUGAUGGGAACAUUUGGUUAUGUUGCACCGGAAUAUGCUUGCACGGGAAUGCUGAAUGAGAAGAGUGAUGUUUAUAGCUUUGGAAUACUUAUUAUGGAGCUUAUAUCUGGGAGAAGCCCUGUUGAUUAUGGUCGACCACAAGGAGAGGUGAAUCUAGUUGAAUGGUUAAAAACCAUGGUCGGGAAACGAAAAGCAGAGGAUGUGGUUGAUCCCAAGCUGCCUGAAAUGCCUGCUUCAAAAGCACUUAAACGUGCUCUGUUGGUUGCUCUUCGAUGUGUUGAUCCUGAUUCCACAAAAAGGCCAAAAAUGGGACAUGUGAUCCACAUGCUCGAGGCUGAUGACUUGCUAUUCCGUGAUGAACACCGACCUGGUAGAGAUAUGUCCAGAAAAGACCUUGAUUCUCAACAGGACAAUCACAUCGUUGUGAAGAUAAACGAUAAACACUUGAAUGAAGGUACUUCUGAUACUAGCAAAGGUGAUACCAGUAGGAACCAUCAUCAACCUACAACGUGGAGAUAAUGCCCCGGGAGGAUUACGUGACUAACAUCUUUAAGUUAUCUCCAGGUUUCUGAAGCUCAUAUUUCUCCUUCCAUUUUUGCUGUAUGUUCAAUAAUUUAAAUCCUUUUCCUGCUUACUUACACAUAUUUUUUUAGGACGUACACCGAAUUUGGUUGCAAUUGUACAAUUCAAAUAAUUUGUUCUUCAUUCUUAAUUUCUUAUAGGAAGCAUAAUUCAUUACUAUUACUUUGCUUGUAAAAACAAGAUAUAUCAUUAGUGUUACUUCAAAAAUAUAUAUAUUCUUUCUUUCU